AUGACCCAAGAACAAUCUACUAAAAAAAGAAAAAUUGUCUCACAGCAAUUAACUUCUCACUCUUCUAAACACGCAUCAAAGAUCUUUUCUCCCUUUAGAGUUAUUGGUAAUGUUACUAAUAAUACACCAUUUUCUAUUGGUACAUUAGGUUCAACAUUUUAUAUUGUAACUAGUGUUGGUAAGAGUUUCCAAAUAUACGAUGCCAAUAAUCUACAUCUAUUGUUUGUUUCUGAAGGGGAAACUGAAUCUUUUAUUACUUGUUUACAUGCUCACUACCAUCAUGUUUAUGUCUCGUUUUCCAAUAAAAUUGGUAUUUAUAAAAGAGGUAGACAAGAAUCAUUGAUUGAAAUCGAACAAAUUAAAAACAAAAGAGAUAAGAUUAAUAAUCUAUUAGUUUUCGGUGAUUAUUUAAUUGCAAGCACUUCGGAAUCCCAAAAUGUUUUCGUGUAUCGAAAAAAUAAUAAAUCCAAUGAGUCUAAUACAGUUAAUAUUAAUUAUUCGUUCUAUACUAGUUUAAAAGGUAACAUUGUUUCAGACAUUGUCAGUCUAAUCCAUCUACCAACAUAUUUAAACAAAAUUGUUGUUGUGACAAAAAAAAAUAUGUUGUUAUUUAAUAUUCGUACUGGUAGGUUGUUAUUUACCAGCGAGGAAUUUCCAUCUGAGAUUACCAGUGCAGAAGCAGCACCUGUCUUAGAUGUUUUAGGUUUAACUACUUCUAAUGGAGAAGUUAUAUUGUAUAACAUUAGACAGGGGAGAGUUUUACGCAAUUUUAGACCACAUGGCUCUUCAAGAAUUACAUCUUUAUCCUUUAGAACCGACGGUUCUUCACAUAUUUCAGUUGGUUAUGCCAAUGGGGAUUUGGUGUUUUACGACCUAAAUCGUCAUUCAAGGAUACAUGUUAUCUCCUCGGUCCACAAGGAAAUUAAUGGUGGUGUUUCCAAAUCUUGUUUUCUAAAUGGUCAGCCUAUUAUUGUCACAGCUGGUGGCGAUAACCAACUAAAAGAAUACGUGUUUGAUCCGUCAUUAUCUAUAGAUCAAGAUGAUGAGGAAAGUACAGUUGUUCAACCCCCAAGAUUGUUACGUUCUAGAGGUGGUCAUUCUAAACCACCUACAAAAGUAAUAUUUGUUGAUAAGGAUGCACAUUACUUGUUGAGUGCCUCUCAGGACCAAUCUAUAUGGGCCUUUUCCUUAAGAAAAGAUGCACAAUCACAAGAAUUAUCUCAAAGACCAACUACUAAGGGAAAGAAAAGUAAAUUACACGGCAAACUUCCCUCCGUCACUGAUUUGGCCAUUGAAUUAACCCGUGCUGGUGAUUGGGAUAAUAUAGUUACUUCCCACGAAGGUUCUGAGCGUGCUUAUUCUUGGAAUUCCAAAACGAAAAGGUUAGGAAGCCAUAUUUUUGAGACCACUGAUGGUGGGUUUGUGAGCUGUGUUAGUAUUUCUUCUUGUGGCAAUUUCUCAUUUAUUGGUAGUAGUAAAGGUGGUAUAGCUGUUUAUAAUUUGCAAAGUGGGAAAUUACGGAAAAAAUUUAACUUACAUAAACAAUCUGUUACAGGGAUUUGUGUUGAUAGCAUGAAUCGUAAGAUGGUCUCCGUUGGUUUGGACGGAAUAGUCGGCUUUUAUGAUUUUGCUAAAUCAAAAUAUUUAGGUAAGCUAGAGUUGGACUCACCCAUAACCCAAAUGAAACACCAUAAAACCAGCGAUUUGUUCGCUUUGGCGUUAGAUGAUUUAAGUGUUGUUGUUCUUGAUGCGCUCACGCAAAAAGUUGUUCGUCAAUUCUAUGGACACGAUAAUCGUAUUACCUCAUUUGAUUUUUCACCAGAUGGUAGAUGGAUUGUAUCAGCAUCUCUUGAUUCUACUAUAAGAACUUGGGAUUUGCCUACAGGCGGUUGCAUCGAUGGUGUUAAAGUUGACAGUGUCGCAACUAACAUAGUUUUCUCUCCAAACGGUGAAUAUUUGGCUACUUCUCACGUGAAUGGUAACGGGAUUUCUAUUUGGACUAAUAGGGCUCAAUUCAAACCCAUUUCAACCCGUCAAAUUGAAGAAGAAGAUUUUGUCAGAAUUAUGUCCCCCACUAGCACAAGUGAUGGUGGUGUGACAAUGUUGGAUGGUGCUUUUGAUGAUGAGGAUGAAAACCAAGAUUCUGAGUAUUAUGACAACUAUACCUCUGUUGAACAAAUCGACAGAUCAUUAAUUACGUUAUCCAUUGGCCCAAGAAGUAAAAUGAAUACUUUGGUUAAUUUAGAAACCAUUAAGCGACGUUCCAAACCUGUUGAGCCACCAAAAAAACCUGAAAAGGCUCCAUUUUUCUUGCAAUUGACCGGCUCUGCUGUUGGUGAUGACGCGUCUAAUAGAGAAGGCGUUGCAGCCGAUACUACCGCACAAGAACAACUUGUAUCCCAGAAUUCAUCCACACACACUAUAAAUGAAGCCAAUUUGGGUACUUUCAAGCCCACGGGUCGUAUUGGAUUUGAGUCUAAAUUUACCAAUUUAUUAAGGACUAAUGCAGAAACUAGUAAUUAUACUGAAUUUUUGGGAUAUUUACUAUCCUUAAGUCCAUCUUCUGUAGAUUUGGAAAUUAGAUCUUUGAAUUGUUUUGAACCCUACGACGAAUUGAUCUGGUUUAUUGAAGCAUUGACAUUUUGUUUAAAAACAAAUAAAGACUACGAUUUGGCAGAAGCGUUUAUGGCCAUGUUAUUAAAGGUGCAUGGAGAUGUCAUUCACACACACAGAGAAAUUAAGCCAGCUCUGGUGGAGUGGAAUAAUACACAUAACGGCAAGCAAGAAAAUUUAGAUGAUUUAGUUAAAUUUUGUUCAUCGAUUUUAAAUUUUGUAAACACAUCUAUGUAG